UAAAAUCCUGAUAGUUUGUUGGUGAUUUGGGAGAAAGUGAAGUUUGUCUGUCUUAAAGUGACAGAGCUGAGAUCCCUGAGGAGCUGAACCUGUUUCUGUUUAACACACAACAUCUGUACAGUGUUUACCUUUUUAUUUAACACACCUGAGGGUCUGAAAGUUUGUUUUACUGUAGAAACAGACAUAAUCUUCACAGUUUUAACUUUCUGACAGUCCUUCAACAGUUUAUGAGCAUUUCAUUUAUUAAAAAGUGUCCAAAAAGUGUGUUAAAAUGUUGAUAUUUGUGUCAGAAUCUCUCUAUUCUCAAUGUGUCAUUUAAAAUAAACCAGAUCCUGUUAAAAACAUCAAAUUCUGCUCCUCAGAGACACUGUGAAGACAUGAUUGAUUCUGCUGAGACCAACGGUCACAUGACAAAUAUUCACUGAAAAUCUGUUUACACAGAGUGGAGAGGAGAGGACAGGAGAGGCUGUUUACACAGGGCAGAGAGGAGAGGACAGGAGAGGCUGUAUGUACACAGAGCAGAGAGGAGAGGACAGGAGAGGCUGGAAACAUGACAAUACGUGUUACUUGUGAAAGAGCUGCAGGACUUAUAGAUUUUACAUAUAUUUAAAAUAUUGCAGCGAUGAAAUCACAGACGUGACUGUGGUCAUGGUUUAAUUUGUUUAUGUUUGCAUGGUGGAGUGGGCGGGGCCGAGUGAUGGCGGGCGCCUCGGUGAAGGUGGCGGUGCGAGUUCGCCCAUUUAACUCCAGAGAGACGACACGCAACGCCAAGUGUGUCAUCCAGAUGCAGGGAAACACAACCUGCAUCUCAAACCCCAAACAGCCCAAAGAUGGAGCCAAGAACUUCACCUUCGAUUAUUCCUACUGGUCACACACCACGGCUGAUGAGUCGGGCUUCGCCUGUCAGAAGCAGGUGUAUAAAGACAUCGGGGAGGAGAUGCUGCUGCACGCCUUCGAGGGUUACAAUGUGUGUAUUUUUGCCUACGGCCAGACGGGGGCAGGGAAGAGCUACACCAUGAUGGGCAAACAGGAGCCGGGACAGGAAGGCAUCAUCCCACAGCUGUGUGAGGACUUGUUUCAGAGAACAGGAGAGAACACGGAUCCUGAUCUCAACUACUCUGUGGAGGUGUCCUACAUGGAGAUCUACUGUGAGCGUGUGCGUGACCUGUUGAAUCCGAAGUCUCAGGGGACUCUGCGUGUGCGGGAACACCCCAUCCUGGGUCCGUACGUGGAGGAUCUGUCCAAACUGGCUGUGACCGGAUUCAGGGACAUCCGGGACCUGAUGGACGCUGGGAACAAGGCCAGGACGGUUGCAGCCACCAACAUGAACGAGACGUCUUCCCGGUCUCAUGCUGUCUUCACCAUCGUCUUCACACAGAAGCGGCGGGACCAGAUGACGAGCCUGGACACGGAGAAGGUCAGUAAGAUCAGCCUGGUGGAUCUGGCCGGCAGCGAGCGAGCUGACUCCUCGGGAGCCAAGGGCACCCGGCUUAAGGAAGGAGCGAACAUCAAUAAAUCUCUGACCACGUUGGGAAAAGUGAUAUCAGCUUUGGCAGAGAUGCAGAGCAACAAGAAGAGGAAAAGUGAUUUUAUUCCCUACAGAGACUCUGUUCUCACCUGGCUACUGAAGGAAAACCUGGGAGGAAACUCUCGGACAGCCAUGAUCGCCGCUCUAAGUCCUGCUGACAUCAACUAUGAAGAAACACUGAGCACUCUGAGGUAUGCUGACCGAGCCAAACAGAUCCGCUGUAACGCCAUCAUUAACGAAGAUCCAAACGCAAAACUGAUCAGAGAGCUGAAGGACGAAGUGGAACGCCUCAGAAACCUGCUGUUCUCGCAGGGCCUGCAGGAGCUGCUGGACAACGCUGUAAACAACAACAGUGGUCCGGCUGGUGUUGGAGGUGUAUCUCCCGCCCUCCUGCAGCUCACAGCCAAUGGGGUCUCACCUGAGAAUGGCUCCGCCCCUCCAGAUUGCGAGCAGACGGCAGCGGGCGACGCCCCUGCUGACCGCCUGCUGGAGGACGGCGAGGAUGGAGGCGAGGAUGGAGACGAGGCGGUUGCCACGGAGACCAUCAGUAAAGAGGAAGCAGCUGAGAGACUGAUGGAGACGGAGAAGAUCAUCGCGGAGCUAAACGAGACGUGGGAGGAGAAACUGAGGAAGACCGAGUCCAUCCGUCUGGAGAGAGAGUCCCUGCUGGCUGAGAUGGGCGUGUCCAUAAAAGAAGAUGGAGGAACGCUGGGCGUCUUCUCUCCUAAAGGAACGCCUCACCUGGUGAACCUGAACGAGGACCCUCUGAUGUCAGAGUGUCUGCUCUACUACAUCAAGGAGGGAUUCACCAGGGUGGGACAGCAGGACGUGGACAUCAAACUAUCAGGACAUUUUAUUAAAGAGAUUCACUGUGUGUUCGUCAGUGAGACAAACGAGCAGGGAGAAGUGGUGGUGACUCUGGAGCCAUUGGUCGGAGCGGAGACGUACGUUAACGGGAAGCAGAUCACGGACGCCGUCAUCCUCAAACAAGGGCACCGGAUCGUGAUGGGGAAGAACCACGUGUUCCGGUUCAACCACCCGGAGCAGGCGCGGCUGGAGCGGGAGCGCAGCGCCACGGCAGAGCAGCAGGGGGAGCCGGAGGACUGGAACUACGCUCAGAGAGAGCUGCUGGAGAAACAGGGCAUCGACAUCAAGCUGGAGAUGGAGAAGAGGCUGCAGGAUAUGGAGAUUCAGUACCGUAAAGAGAAGGAGGAGGCAGAUCUGCUGCUGGAGCAACACAGACUGUAUGCAGACAGUGACAGUGGAGACGACUCAGACAAACGUUCUUGUGAGGAGAGCUGGAGGCUGAUCUCCUCCCUCAGAGAGAAACUACCUGCUAACAAGGUGCAGUCCAUAGUGAAGCGCUGUGGUCUGCCCAGCAGUGGGAAGAGGAGGGAGCCUCUGCGGGUCUACCAGAUCCCUCAGAGGAGGAGGAUCAGCAAGGACCCGAAACGGGUCACCAUGGAGGACCUCCGCAUGCAGGCGGUCAAAGAGAUCUGCUACGAGGUGGCUCUGGGAGACUUCCGUCACUCUCGUCAGGAGAUCGAGGCUCUGUCCAUCGUGAAGAUGAAGGAGCUGUGCCGUAUGUACGCCAAGAAGGACCCAGGGGAGCGUGACAGCUGGCGGGCCGUGGCCCAGGAUGUCUGCGACACGGUGGGCAUCGGAGAGGAGAGGAGCCCCCCCGCCGAGGAGGGGGGAGGAGGGGGGGAGACGGGGGAGGGAGGAGAGAAAAAAAACGCCUACGACCUGAAGGCUCACAUCGACAAACUGACGGACAUCCUGGAGGAAGUAAAGCUGCAGAACAACAUGAAGGACGAGGAGAUCAAAGCUCUGAGGGACCGCAUGAUCAAGAUGGAGAGCAUCAUCCCUGUGAAGGACGAUGACAACAUGAACGGCGAAGAAGAAGACGGAGAGACAAGGAGAGACGAUGAUGAAGAGGACGGGGACGGAGACGGAGGCGGCGUCCCCCGUCAGCCGGAGGUCAGAGUGCAGCGGCUGAUGGACGAGGACCCGGCGUUCCGACGAGGACGCCUCCGCUGGCUGAAACAGGAACAGCAGCGCAUUCUGAACCUGCAGCAGCAGAACAUCACCAAGAAACUGCGAGGACAGAACCAGAACCAGGGUCAGAACUCCCCCGUCGUGCCCGUCCACCUCCCCGGGACUGGCCGCUUCAUCCCGCCGCAGGAGUGCAAGCUCAAGUUCCCCUUCAAGAGUAACCCCGCCCACCGGCUGUCCUGGGGGCCGGCCAGCGCCGCCCUGCAGGCUCUGGGGCUGGAUGGGGCCGGGGGGGCCGGAGGCGAGCCGCCGGAGGACGGAGGAGGAGGGAUGGAGGGGAAAGCCUCGCCGUCGCCUCCUCCCCCUCAGGGUCCUGCUCUCUUUCCCCUCCCCUUCCAGGCUCCGCCCCCUCGCAUGCGCACCCCGAGCCCCCAGCGCGCCUGGCAGCAGCGCAACCACGGCGGCUUCUACCAGCAGCACCAGGGCCACAACCAGAACCACCAGCGCCGAUACCGCCGCAACUCUCUAGACAGCUCCGCCCACGCACACUACGACAACGACCAGCAUCGUGGCGGAGGAGGUGGAAGCGGAGGUGGUGGUCACCAGGGGCGACCGAGACAGAGAAGGGGGCCAUCCCCUGGGCCAGGAGGGGAGCGAGUCGGGGGUCGAGGGGGAGGAGGAGGAGGUGGAGGUGGGAGGGACAGAGACAGAGACGGAGGUUUCCACUACAACCACCACCAGCACCACCAGUUCCAUCAUCACCCUUACUACAACCCCCACAAUGCACCAUUCCAGCCAGGACCUCACCCCAACUACCACAGCUUGCCACGCUCCGGGGCCCCUCCCCCACCUCCCGUCGACAUGCUGCUGGGGGCAGGGCCUCCGCCGCCACAGCUGGGGGGGUGGGGCUUCACGCCGCCGCCCAGGAUGAGACGACAGUUAAGCGCUCCGGACCUCAAAAACAACAAGGAGACGCCCAUCUGACCUCUGACCUCUGACAGCAGGGAGCUCUCUGAUUGGCUGCAGGACACACAGCGGUCCUGAUGCUGUAGAGACUAGGCUGCGUGUGUGUGUGUGUUUCAGCACUUUUACAAUACUGAGGCGACCGUCACACACGACUAAAAUCACACACAUCCUGUAUCUUCAAUCCUGCUGUGUGUGUGUGUGUGUGUGUGUGUGUGUGUGUGUGUAGCUUGCUGUUAGCCUUUACGUUAGCACGGGUUAGCUGUUAGCGACACUGUUUUUUUUAUUUGAUUCUCUUCGUGAUGCAUGUCCGACAGGAUGGAAGGUUAUUAAAAAGUUUUACUGGUUUUAUUGAUCGCUGAUUAUCAGAAGGUGCCUUAAAGCUAAAUUGUUAGUUCCCAAGGCUAUUUACCGUUAGCUACUGUUAGCUACCGUUAGCUGAAGUCAGCUGUUGAAGCUAUUUCGUUUUUUAAACAUAAAGUGCGUCGGUUUGUUUGAGCUUCAACAGACUGUUUUUAGCUUCUCUCUGUUAGCCGGUGUUAGCCCAGGAGGCUAACUAGCCUAUGUUAGCUUGUGCUAAUCAGUUAGUCUGAGCAGCAGCUUAGCCUUGAUUAGCAACGGCAGCGUUCACGUUGGACGGGAAAAACAGUUUGUACAACUUCAGCGACAGAUCGGAGAAGUCUGUAUUUAUGCUCUGAAAUCAUCAUAGAUUUUCAACAAAAUCUCACAAAAACGUCUUUCAAACAUCUUUUUCAUGCAAACGCUUCAUUUUUACACAUAGUUGGAUAUUUUUUACAUGAGUUCAUGUAGGUUCAAGGUUGGAAAUUUGAAAAUCUGAAGGUAAUUUGUAUUUUUACAGUUUCUGGCUAAAGAAAUCAUGUUUUUUAAACCCACCAGCAGGUCCAGAGGUGUAAAGAUAUUCUGAUGUAUCUGAAGCUGAAGCUCGUAGUUCCGGUUUCUCCCGUGUGCCCUGAACACUGCGAGCUACAAACCAAAGAGAUCGUCCCUGCGGCGUCCCCUGCAGGACGACCUGCUGCUGUACAGACGGACGGACGGACUCACAUGUUGAACUCUUUGAAGCGUUGUGUGUAUAUUUGAAGUGUCCUCGGAUGUUUUUAUGAGUUUGUUUGUUUUUUAAACGCAACAUUUAAUGUUGUUAACGUGUCACCUUCGCUGUCUCUGGCAAUCGUGGGAAAUGUAGUAAGUGACGCCUCGUGGGAGAUUGUAGGAAUUAUUUAACAGACAUGGGAGAUUGUAGGAAUCAUGAUGGACUGAGCAGGGAACUCUGGGAAAUGUUGUACGAGACAAGACGGAGAGGUUUGUGUUUGAGGUCGUGAUUCGACUCAAAGGAUAAACAAUAAAAAGUUUUUAUGUCCAAGAAAGGACGAGGAUUAAAGUGUUGCAUUCAGGGGCGCAGGGGAGUUGGAAAUUGUGGCUUUCUUAAAGACUGAUUUUACAGAGAUUUUAUUCUCGUUCAACUUUAUUAAAAACUAUGAGGUCGAAAGAUUUCCCAGCUUAAAGACUCAAACUUAAAAACCUGAAAAUUUUCAGGUUGCGUUCUCGCCCUGCUGGAGUAUAGGAAGUUGUAAUAACAACCGACCUGCCACAAAUUUCCAACUUCCUGCGUGGAAAAGUUGAGUGAGACGGACAGUGGAAAAGAGAAGAAGAAGAAGAAAAAGAGGUUUGUGUUUGAAGUAGUUACAGAAACGGCGACUUGUUCGUGUAAUUUUAAGGAUUUGACGAUAAAAAGUUGUUUUUGUGUUCGUCAAGGGACAAGAUUAAAGUGCUGCUUUCAGCGGAUGUGGGGAAGUUGGAAUUGUGGCCUUUUGCCCCUUUGAUUAUGCAUUUAAAGGCUGUUUGAGCAGCAUGACGUUAACUGCCCCUCUGGAUUAUAAAGACGUCAUAAUACCAUGUUUCCAUCUUCCUGCGUGGACCUGAACGCAGCCUCGGGGGGGUGUAUCCGCCCUGAAUGAUGAUGACAUGUUUACUGUCAGCUGGGAGGUCGCGGCACUGCCUGAAACCUGCCCCCACACUCAUAGCAAGGCAUUGUGGGAGAUGACGAGUGGAGCGUCUUUUUGCGCUCCGUGACUUGAAGGUCAGAACCAGCCAAUGGGAUUGCUCCGGAGGGAGUGGCCGUGGUGAUGCCGAUGACAAAAAUAACACAAGACUUGAUCGUGAUUGGCCCCGAGACGCAUGACAUCAUCAGGAGUUUGCCUCCGUGUUGCUCUGCCGUCUCUGGAAUCGACCAAUCACAGGACAAUCUGACCUGCUGCCACCGCCGGGCAUAAUGGGAAACGAUGUUUUCCCUUUUUUUUUUUUUUUAUCUUUUUACUUUUUAUUUCCAGCUUUGAGCUUCUGAUUGGCUGUUUUCUUGGUGUACUCAUCAGCUUUUCGUAUUUUAACCCCGCCUACGUGUUUGACCUUCACUUUGUGAUGUCAUCACGUCGUCAUCACUAUUAUUAAUUAAUAUUAUUAUCAUGAAGUAUAAAGUGACAUUAAUGUUGGGUUCUUUUGGAUGCUGCUAAAGGGAGCUUCUUCCUCAUGCAACCGCCGGGGUGUGCGUGUGUGUGUGUACGAGUAAGUUGGACGUCUGUGUGUGUGUGUGUGUGUGUGUGUGUGUGUGUGUGUGUGUGUGUGUUUGCGGGUUAAUUUAGAAUCAUAAUCAGAAGUUUGUUUUACGUUAUAAAUGCAAUUUUUCUUGUUUUUCGGCUAAUGUCUGUUUAGUGUUGUUGUUGUUUGAGGAGGAGGGGCCGGGGCUCCGCGGAAUUCCGGAACAUUCUAGAACCCUCCCCCGUGUGACAUCAUCACGGCACAACGUCACUUCAGGACUUUUCAUGGGGGGGUGGGGGGGGUGGGGGACAGAUGUGGACAUGAUGACAUCACGGUCUAGCCCUCCUCCUUUUGGCUUAGAGCCGCUUCUCCUGUUUUUCCUGUCUGUUGUUGGGUUUUUGUGUCUGUUGUUGUUGUUGUUGUAUCAGGAACCAAUCUCAGGCUCUACCUGCAGACAACAUAAUGGCAAUAAACUGUCAACAUGAAAGAAAAA